AUGGAGUUCUUCGACGAGCGCCCAAAAAAGAAGAGACGCUUCUUCGUAGACGGGCCUGAAGACCCUGCGGACCAGCAGUCCCUCGCUGCCUCAAUCGACACCUCGUCGAGACCAACCUCAGCCACCUCUGCAGGCUCAACUACCGAACAGAGAUCCAGCCAAACCGAUGCCGGGGACAUCAAGUCUUCUAUCGCGGAUGGCGAGCCGUCUUUUGACGCCGACACAUUCCGGGCUGUUAUUGGAGAAGAUAUCGGACAAGCAACAAUCGAGACUAUUCAGGCUGCGGCGAAUGGAGAUUUAGAGAGGGCCAUCAAUAUGUAUUUUGACGGAUCAUGGAAGAAGAAAUCUACUCUUCCUCCCACAGCAGCCACAUUGCCUUCGAGACUCGUGGAUACAUGGCUCCGCCCUUCAGCAGAAGCCGGCUCCAAGACACCUUCAAAACCGCCUCUCGAGAAAAGAGAAUCGAUUGACACAAAAGUCACACUCCAUUCGAUGCCCGCAGAACGCUACGUGGGUUCCUUUGGUGUAGGAGCCUGGAUGACGAAGAGCGGAUCAAAUUUGCUGGCACACGGCGAGGCAAUUCGGAUAGAACGCUCCAGAAUUGCGCCCAAGACAAAGAUUGGAAAAGGAGGAAAACUCGUACCAUUCGUGGGCAGAAACCAGAAGAAUGAUGUUGUCACAAGAUUCACAAACGCGAAAGGAGAGGAAUUAGGUCGUCUACCUGAAGAAACAGCUAAAUGGGUGUCAUCAUUGAUCGACCAGAAAAUAUGUCGUUUCGAGGGAACUUGCGUUUUUGCACCUGAUCGCGUGAGGGUCAAUGAUACUGUUUUCAUUCAAUUGAGAGCCUAUCUCCUUCGGUCGGGAUUUGCAGCCAGCGCUUUCGUGAAGCCCGAAGAUGACAACAGGGCGACAGGGUUUUUUGAAGAAAAGGAAAGCAGCGAGGAGAAAGAUCUCCGGCUUCGCCAGGUUGCCCUUGUGAAAUUGUUUGAGGAGGUGAAUCUCAAUCCAACGUCUACAAAUGCAAUGAAUGCCAAAGAUAAGAAAAAUGGCAUUUUGAAAGCUGCCGAGGUUGCUGAACGCUUCGACAAGGACAAGGAUCCCAAGAGCACUCCAGGAAUUUCCACACCGAAUUCCGAGGAAGAAGAUGGCGAGGAACUCGAAGAAGACCAAUUAGAUAUGCUGUAUCAGAAAGCCCAGUCUUUUGACUUCAACACUCCAGAAGCCGAACCUGUCUCGUCUUUUGCCUUGGACUUGAGAAAGUACCAAAAGCAGGCACUGCAUUGGAUGCUCGGAAAGGAAAGAGAUCAGAAGUCUGAUUCCCAGCAGUCGAUGCAUCCGCUGUGGGAAGAAUAUACUUGGCCAACGAAAGACGCAAAUGAUGUUGACUUACCAAUAGUGGAAGAACAGGAUCACUUCUACAUCAACCUGUACUCGGGAGAAAUGAGCCUAGACUUCCCUGUGCAGGAGCAGAACUGCCUAGGUGGUAUUCUAGCAGACGAGAUGGGUCUCGGAAAGACCAUCGAAAUCUACAGUCUUAUUCACUCUAAUAGAUCCGAUGUUGAUCUUGAGGCUGCUUCCAAGCUUGCAAAAUCCGUCAAUCAAUUGCCUCGUCUGCCGCAAUCUUCCACUUCUACUGAACCUGGACCCUGCACAACGCUAGUCGUGGCACCCAUGUCAUUGCUCGCGCAGUGGGAGAGCGAGGCGGUCAAGUGCUCCAGACCUGGGACUUUGAGGACACUGGUCUACUAUGGUAGCGACAAGAAUCUCAACUUGCCUACCAUCUGCUCUGUAUCCAAUGCUAAUUCUGCUCCGAAUGUCAUCAUUACAAGUUAUGGAGUCGUUUUGUCCGAAUUCAAUCAGGUCUCAGCGGCUGGUGGGGAUCGUGGUUCUCAUGGCGGUCUCUUUUCAGUCGACUUUCAUCGGGUCAUUCUUGAUGAGGCCCACACGAUCAAGAACAGACAGGCAAAGACUUCAAAAGCUUGUUACGAGCUCAAGGCAAAACACCGAUGGGUACUCACUGGUACGCCAAUUGUGAAUCGUUUAGAAGAUCUUUUCAGUUUGGUACGGUUCUUGAAAGUCGAACCGUGGAACAAUUUCUCUUUCUGGAAAACGUUCAUCACAGUACCAUUUGAAUCAAAGGAAAUUGCACGUGCGCUCAACGUGGUGCAGACUGUCUUGGAACCUCUAGUACUGCGAAGAACUAAAGAUAUGAAAACCCCCGAAGGCGAAGCUCUCGUGCCGCUCCCACCCAAGAUCACAACUAUUGUGGAGGUUGAACUUUCUCAAACAGAAAGAGAAGUAUAUGACUUGAUCCUGACCCGUGCUAAACGAGCCUUCAAUGAAUCCGUUCAAGCUGGCACGUUGAUGAAGUCGUACACCACCAUCUUUGCACAGAUUUUACGCCUCAGGCAGUCUUGCUGUCAUCCCGUGCUCACCAGGAACAAGGACAUCGUUGCUGAUGAGGAGGACGCUGCAGCUGCCUUGGCAGCAGAUGUGAACGGUUUCGCGGAUGACAUGGAUUUGCAAGAUCUUAUCGAUCGCUUCACCAAAGACACGACUCUUGCAGCCAAGGAUGAUACUUCGAAUAAAGAUCCCAUUAGCUCUUUUCCCGCCCAAGCACUCCGCCAGAUCCAGGAUGAAUCGGGUGGUGAGUGUACUCUGUGUUAUGAAGAGCCCAUGGAAAGCCCAGCUGUCACCACUUGUUGGCAUACCGCAUGCAAAGCAUGUCUCGAAAAAUAUAUCUCGCGUCAAUUAGAGCAAGGGGAGAUUCCUCGCUGCUUUCAGUGCCGCGAAACCAUCAAUCCUCGAGACAUUUUCGAAGUCGUCAAACACAAUAGUCCUUCAACAUCAUUUGAGUCUGAUGGUGACUUAUAUGAGGCUGGAGACGUUGCAACCAAAGCAACCAGAAUCUCACUAAGCAGAAUACAUCCAUACUCUCCAACAGCAUCCACUUCGGCAAAGAUUGCAGCACUACUGAAAAACCUGUCAUCCCUGCCAAAGGGUACCAAGGCGGUCGUAUUCUCUCAGUUCACAUCAUUUUUGGAUCUCAUUUCACCACAGCUUAACAAACACGGAUUUGAGCACCUCCGAUUCGAUGGAACGAUGUCACAAAAGAUUCGUGCUCAAGUCAUUCGAAGCUUUAGUGCCGAAAACGCGUCGGAUCCAAAGGCUCCACGAGUUCUACUCCUGUCUCUUCGAGCAGGUGGUGUGGGACUCAACCUUACCGCCGCUAAUUAUUGCUACAUGAUGGAUCCUUGGUGGAGCUUCGCCGUUGAAGCACAAGCUAUUGAUCGAGUGCACAGAAUGGGACAAACUCAGAAUGUCCAAGUGGUACGGUUUGUCACCAAGGAAAGCAUUGAGGGGAGAAUGCUCCGCAUUCAAGAACGAAAAAUGGCGGUGGCAGGAUCUCUAGGUGUUGGCCAGUCUGGCACCGGCGAGUCAGAUGAGGAGAGGAGAAAGAAGCGUAUUGAAGAGCUGGAGAUGUUGUUGAGUUGA